CGUGCUGCGGCGGAACGGUUGUCGGUCUGCGCUGGGUUUGGUGCCCCGCUCCUCGGGGGCUCUCCCGUUUCUGCUUCUCCUCCUGAGCUGCUGCCUGGUGAAGAGGAAGCCAUGGCGCUCCGGGUCACCAGGAACACGAAAAUUAAUGCUGAAAAUAAGACGAAGAUCAGUAUAGCAGGCGCAAAGCGCGUGCCUGUGGCCACUACUGCAACCUCCAAGGCCGGGCUGAGGCCAAGAACAGCCCUUGGAGACAUCGCUAACAAUGUCAGUGAACAGCCACAGGCCAAAUUGCCUCUAAAAAAGGAGGCAAAAACAUUAGCUGCUGGAAAAGUUAUUGCUAAAAAACUACCAAAACCUAUGGAAAAGGCACUGGAGCCUGCAUCUGUUCCUGCUCCUGCGCCUGCGCCUGCGCCUGUGCUGGAACCAGCACGGGAGCCGGAACCUGAGCCUGUUAAAGAAGAAAAACUUUCGCCUGAGCCUAUUUUGGUUGAUACUCCCUCUCCAAGCCCAAUGGAAACAUCUGGCUGUGCCCCUGCAGAAGAGUAUCUGUGCCAGGCUUUCUCUGAUGUAAUGCUUGCAGUGAAUGAUGUGGAUGCAGAAGAUGAGGCUGAUCCAAACCUUUGUAGUGAAUAUGUGAAAGAUAUCUAUACUUACCUGAGACAAGUUGAGGAAGAGCAAGCAGUCAGACCAAAAUACCUACUGGGUCGUGAAGUCACUGGAAAUAUGAGAGCCAUCCUAAUUGAUUGGCUGGUGCAGGUUCAGAUGAAAUUCAGGUUACUGCAGGAAACCAUGUACAUGACUGUUUCCAUUAUUGACCGGUUCAUGCAGAAUAAUUGUGUGCCCAAGAAGAUGCUGCAGCUGGUUGGCGUCACUGCCAUGUUUAUUGCGAGCAAAUAUGAAGAAAUGUACCCUCCAGAAAUCGGUGACUUUGCCUUUGUGACUGACAACACUUACACUAAGCUCCAAAUCAGACAGAUGGAAAUGAAGAUUCUGAGAGCUUUAAAUUUUUGCCUGGGUCGCCCUCUACCCCUGCAUUUCCUUCGGAGAGCAUCUAAGAUCGGAGAGGUUGAUGUGGAGCAACAUACCUUGGCCAAAUACCUGAUGGAACUAACUAUGUUAGACUAUGAUAUGGUGCAUUUUCCUCCUUCUCAGAUUGCAGCAGGAGCCUUUUGUUUAGCACUGAAAAUUCUCGAUAAUGGUGAAUGGACACCAGUUCUACAGCAUUACCUGUCAUACACUGAAGAAUCCCUUCUCCUUGUUAUGCAACACCUUGCUAAGAACAUAGUCAUGGUGAAUGGUGGGCUUACAAAGCACAUGACUAUCAAGAACAAGUAUGCCACAUCUAAGCAUGCUAAGAUCAGCACUCUAGCACAGCUAAAUUCUGCACUAGUUAAAGAUUUAGCCAAGGCUGUGGCAAAGGUGUAACUUGUGAACUUGAGUUGGAGUACUGUAAUACCUGCGAAUACAAUUAGCACCAUGUGCUAUCUGUAUAUACUAUAUGUAACAUUCACUUACUUUUAAUAAAGCUGUGGUCCUUUUUACUUCCUAUACCUUAA